UAAUAACGCACAUUUCUUUUAGUUUUUUCUAUUUUUUUAAAUUACAGCCAACAAGUUUAUUCCUAUCUCAAGAAUGAAAACCAAGACUCGAUAUUUGGCUCUCAUCCUUCUUGCCUCAGUGCUCCUGAUGAUUUUACAAUUUGUGUCAUUUUUUCAAUUAGAAACAAUUGGUCAAGAUGAUCAGAUCACGUCCUGGGGAUUGGAACGAACUCGGGCAAGAAGGUCAUCUGGAUUAGGCUGGCUUAAUUUCAGCAUGCUUAGAAGAUUCCAAUCAUUUUUCUCAUCCAGACAAAUACUACCGCCCCAAAAUUUGGAGCUAUUUGUGAUGCGAAACGAAAAAAUGCAUAGGAAAAACUUCAAAAACGACUGUCAAAUUGACUAUAACUGUACAGUUUUCUACCGAAGUCAAAUGCAUAGCUACAACUUCUCCCGAUUUGAUGCGAUUGCUGUAGUUGGUCGAUCUAGUUUUUCUAUCCUCGAAUCUCACUGGCUUAGCCAUCCAUGGUACCGAAGUCCGAACCAAAUAUGGCUGGCUGUAAGUCUGGAAUCAUCAAACCACCUUGAAACAGUUUCAAAGCAUCACAACUUCAACUCGGCUUUUAACUGGACAGGCGCUUUAUCACGAAAAGCAACUUUAGAGCGAAGCUAUACUAAUUUCUAUCGACGUUCUGAACCGGUUAGGCUUAGAGACGUUUCGGCUGAAUUGGAUACUUGGAACAAAACAUUGCCAUUUUGUUGGAUGGUUAGUAAUUGCAGAAGUGCACCUUCAGGCCGAAUGCAAAUUGUUUCAGAAUUGAUCAAGUAUCUUAAAUAUCCUUUGCAUAUGUGGGGUAAAGCCGCAAAUAUUUGUAUGUCGAACGAUUUAAAAGGAAAAAUUAUCAAUCAUGGAGCUGUUCCCAACUCUAAGGGCAAUCUUGCCGGCGACUUGCUGCGCCAAGACACAAUCAAACAGUGCAAAGUUUACUUUGCUCUUGAGAACUCCAUUUGCACAGACUAUAUUUCGGAAAAGUUCUCAAACGCGCUGAUGACCUUUUCUGUCCCGCUAGUUCUUGGGUUUAGGUCCAGUUACGAUCGAAAAAUGCCAGGGUCUUUCAUUCAUUUGAACGAUUUUAAGAAUAUUAGUAUGCUAGCUGAACAUCUGCAUGACUUGGUAGAAAGCAAAGAUAGACUGUUGAAAUAUCAUGAAUGGAGAAAAGAGUUUUAUAUAUCAGACGCAAAGCGCAACGAAAGUUUCGAAUGUCAAUUUUGCCGAAAGGUGUACGAAGCGAGGUUGAACCAAAAACCCUUAGUAAUUCCGGAUUUAAAGCAGACUUUUAGAAAGAUUCAAACUUGUGCUUAGUUCUUAUCUGAUAGUUUUUUAUUGAUAAUUAAUGAAAGUUCUACGGCGAAGGUAGUUUAAUUCUUUUAUUCUAAAAGCUUAGCUUUAUAUUCAGUUUG